AUGGCUGUAGAUGGGAAUCUUGCUACGUGUGCACGGCUUGAUGUAAUUGGUUCUAGUAGUCGAUAUGAUAGAGCUUGGUGGUACAUGGACCUGGGAGAUAUCCACUGUAUAUACAGCAUUAGGAUACAGUUUGAGGACAUGGGUGAAACAUACGUCCAGAGGCAAAGGGGUAGGUUUGCUGGAUUUUCUCUCUACCUUUCAAAUUCAACUAAAAAAGAAGAGGGAUAUAUGUGCUACAAAGACGGACCAGAUUUACCUCCCUUAAAUUUCACAACAAAAUGUAUAGGAUAUGGUCGAUAUGUCAUCUACUACAAUGAAAGACUGAGUGGAGUAACGUAUCCAGCAGGAUAUGAAGCUAUGUCUUACUCCCAGUUGUGUGAAGUGGUAGUGGAAGCUUGUGACAAUGGGUAUUAUGGCUUUAAUUGUUCUUCCACGUGUAGUGGGCAUUGUUUAUAUGACAAACCUUGUAACAAGGAAACUGGGCAUUGGACUCGGGAUGUAGUGAUGGAUAUACUGGGGAUUUAUGUCAGAAUGAAUGUACACCUGGGUGGUUUGGAGAGGACUGUAGAGUACUUUGUAGUGGACACUGUGCUGAUAAGGCUGUUUGUAAUCACUCGGACGGAAUUUGUCCACAUGGAUGUGAAGACGGUUAUACCGGGCAAAAUUGUUCCACACGUAAUAUUUAGAAACGCUUAA